AGCACGCUCUGUUCUGCAAUGAGAUCCUUAUGGAUGGCAAUAGCUUUGCAACUUUGCAGCACAAGCGUGGUUUGUAUUAAAGUUACGUACGAGAGCUUUGAGCAAACCAACGGUGAGCAUAUAAUGCUGUGCAAUCUCAGGGUACGAAAAUUUAACCGAACGGCGACAGUCUUGAAUGGUACGAUACAUCUGUUCCGGGAAGCUCGCAAUGAUGUGCAGUAUAAGGUGGAUAUGUUCUAUAGCCGGCUGGGCAAUCAACAGUACAACCAUCUGCCGAUGAAGCUACCGUCCUCUGGUGUGUGUGAUUUUAUAAAUAAUCUGUACACAGUGUUUGAGGAAUUUACUGAAAUGUUCACGAAUUUCCCCAACAAAGGCGAGUGUCCGAUCAGUGUUAGGGAUAUGCACUUGUUGGAUCAGGAGUUCCCGUCUAACGUUUGGCCCAAGUCAAUGCACAGACCGGGCCUAUGGAGGCUAGAUGUAAGUGGGAAGCUAAACAACAAGCCGCAGGUUGAGUUUAACAUUGGUCUGAAGGUGACGAAUGAUUGAGAGUACGAUAGAGCAGGCAGUGCA